GAGGACUAUAGGACCUUAAGUUUAUAGGUAUCCCUAGGUUCUGAAGUCUUUAGGUCCAUAGUCCCUAGAUCUACAAGUUUCUGAAUGUAAAUUCUUAGGUUCUAAAGACUCUGGGUCCAUAGUCCUUAAGUCUACAAGUUUCUAAGCAUAAACUCCUAGCUUCCUCAGUUUCUAGGUCCUAGAUUUUCACACCUUCCUAAGUCUUCAUAUGUCCCUAGGUCCUCAGACGUUAUUAUAGCUUCCUAGCUGCUCAGUUGAUCCUAGGCUCUGAUAUGUACUUAGACCACAUGUUCCUAUGUUCUUACAUCCCCAGAUCCUUAGAUUUUUAUCCUAUUAUUAGAUCCUUAGCAUAAGUCUCUAACUUCCACCUAAGUAUCUAGAGUCCAACAUAUGGCAACUUGUGUCUCCAUAAGUUACCCAGCUUCCUAGGUUUCCUAGAGUUCAUAAGUUAUGUAGGUCACUUAAGUCACCUCACAUCCCAGGUUCCUUAGGAUCUCUAAGACUUGAAAUGGCUAUAGUAAUAAUAAUAGAUAGAGUAUCAUAGUGAUGAGUUCUUUCUCCACAUUUUAUGAAUAAAGUUGCUAGAUUUCUUAGCACUGUUUUAGAGACACCCUGUACGAACAUAUACGUAUAUAUGUCACGACGAUCAGCUGUAGCGAUGUUUACAUUUGUUGGCAUCCUCGACGACGGUGUACCGCGUGGUGGGGCCGCAGCCACUACUCAGUUCUUUGCGGUCUUUCGAGCGGUCGGUAUCGUUUCCCAGCUAGUUAGCUUAAUUACUAGUCAUCGUUAUCGUUCGCAAGUUCACGGUGAAAGUUUAGCAUAAUUUCAACGGGGAGAUGGAUGCGUCACGCGUGUCGUCGUUGGCCGACUAAUCCAGCGAGAUCGGAAAAUAGCCACAACCCGCCUUCAAAAUGGGGGCGCUAUUCAGGAGCGAGACGAUGGCCCUGUGUCAGCUGUUCAUCCAACCAGAAUCAGCCUAUUUGUCUGUCUCUGAACUGGGAGAAACUGGCACGGUGCAAUUUCGCGAUCUGAAUGGCGACGUGAAUUAUUUCCAACGAAAAUUCGUGAACGAAGUACGUCGGUGCGAUGAGAUGGAGCGGAAGCUUCGGUACAUCGAGGCGGAAGUGAGGAAAGAUGGAGUACCAAUCGAGGAGAACCUGACGGAACUACCAAGGGCACCCAAUCCUCGCGCUAUUAUAGAUCUCGAGGCCCAUCUCGAGAAAACGGAGAACGAUAUAUUAGAGCUGAGUCAAAACGCGGUGAAUCUGAAGAGUAACUAUCUCGAGUUGACGGAAUUACAGCACGUGCUCGAGAAGACGGAAGGGUUUUUCACGGAGAAUCAAGAUUCGUAUCUUCUUCUAUAUCAACAGGAAGAGGCCAAUGACUCGAUCACCAGGACGCUUAUUAACGAGGAGGCACAGAAUUCGAGCGCGACGGGUCGGGGACGUCUCGAAUUCGUUGCUGGAGUGAUAAAUCGCGAACGGGUACCGGCCUUCGAGAGAAUGCUAUGGCGGAUAUCCCGAGGGAACGUGUUCCUGCGCCAGGCUGAGCUUGAGAGGCCGCUCGAGGAUCCAGCCACUGGUAACAAGAUGUACAAAACCGCGUUCGUCGCGUUCUUCCAAGGGGAGCAGCUCAAGAGCCGAAUCAAGAAAGUUUGCAGCGGAUUUCAUGCCUCUUUGUACCCCUGUCCUCAUAGCCACGCUGAACGGGCGGAAAUGGUUAAGGGUGUUCGUACUAGAUUGGAGGAUUUGAAUUUGGUCCUCAAUCAAACUGACGACCACCGUCAACGCGUGUUGCACAACGUAGCCAAGGAGCUGCCCAACUGGAUGAUCAUGGUCCGGAAAAUGAAAGCAAUAUACCAUACUAUGAACCUCUUCAACAUGGACGUUUCGAAGAAGUGCCUUAUAGGGGAAUGUUGGGUACCCAUAGCGGAUCUUACUAUUGUCCGGAACUGUCUCAACGAAGGAUCGCGUCUCUGUGGUAGUUCGAUACCAUCUUUCCUCAAUGUUAUCUACACAGACGAGAAUCCCCCGACGUUUAACAGGACCAACAAAUUCACCAGAGGUUUCCAGAAUUUGAUCGACGCUUACGGAGUGGCAUCGUACCGCGAAGCUAAUCCGGCCCUCUACACCAUAAUCACGUUUCCUUUUCUGUUUAGCAUCAUGUUCGGAGAUUGUGGACACGGUUUGAUCAUGGCCCUUUUCGCAUUGUUCAUGAUCAUAAAGGAGAAGAAGUUUAUGGCUGAAAAAUCAUCGUCCGAAAUAUGGAACAUAUUUUUUGCCGGCCGUUAUAUUAUCCUCCUGAUGGGUUUGUUUUCCAUUUACACCGGCCUCAUCUACAACGACUUGUUCUCAAAGUCGCUUAACCUGUUCGGAUCUAGUUGGUCCAUUCCGUACAACGUAUCGACGGUCCUAGAGAAUCCUUCUCUACAGCUGAAUCCGGUCGAGGCUUAUGCACAGGCGCCCUAUCCUAUGGGCAUGGAUCCGGUGUGGGCGCUCGCUGAUAACAAGAUCAUUUUUCUGAACUCCUACAAAAUGAAGUUGUCCAUCAUCUUUGGGGUGGUCCACAUGAUUUUUGGUGUCUGCGUCAGCGUCGUUAAUAUCAUAAAUUUCAAGAGGUACGCGAGCCUGCUACUCGAAUUCCUGCCCCAGCUGCUCUUCCUUCUAGUGCUAUUCUUUUAUCUCGUCGUCUUGAUGUUCGUCAAAUGGGUCCUAUACGAUGCCUCCUCACCGGAUUAUGCAUAUGGUUCUGCAUGUGCUCCGUCGGUCCUCAUCACGUUCAUCAACAUGAUACUUCAAGGACACGCCACGCCACCAGAAGGUUGUUCAGAGCAUAUGUUCGCCGGUCAAACAUACGUGCAAAUAGCGUGCGUUAUCGUCGCCGCACUAUGUAUUCCUGUACUGCUCUUCGGGAAACCAUUACACUUCCUCAUAACGAAACGCAGGAAGGCUCAGAGUAAAAUUCUGAGUAACGGAAGCACCUCCCAAGACAUCGAAUUACAAAGCGAGGGUCUGCAAAACGCCGGUCCGUCGAACACCGACGCCGCCGGUGGCCACGACGAGCACGACACGUUCGGCGACGUGAUGAUCCACCAAGCCAUCCAUACCGUAGAGUACGUCCUCUCGACGAUAUCGCACACUGCCUCUUAUCUCCGUCUAUGGGCUCUGUCACUAGCCCAUGGUCAGCUCUCCGAAGUGCUGUGGUCUAUGGUGUUGCGUAAGGGGCUUUCCGGGGACAGCUAUGUAAUGAGCGUCUUCUUGUUCUGCACAUUCGCUGCUUGGGCCUUCUUCACGCUCGCCAUCUUGGUGCUGAUGGAGGGGCUGUCGGCUUUCCUUCACACUCUACGACUUCACUGGGUGGAGUUCAUGAGUAAAUUCUACGACGGCCAAGGUCAAGCUUUCCAGCCAUUCUGUUUCAAGAGCAUCCUAGAUGCGGAAGAGACCGGCGAGGAUUAAUUAGCUCAUCGAUGGCCUUAUAAAAGAUAAUCAAUUUUACGAUACGAGAACGAGGUACAUUCGCCAAAAGAACAUAUCUUAAGAAAUUUUUACGAACGCGAGUGAUCGCGAAUUUUAAAAGAAUCGUCGUUCCUUUUAAAUCGUAAGGCAACAGUAUUCGGUGUCUUCUACGAGUUACUUCGUAUAUUUAAGAUAGACUUAACAUUUUUAUCUUUUGAGCUUCACUUAUCGCUUUCGAAAGUUGCAUUAGCAAUAUUCGCGUAACGAAGGGAACAAUCACAGAAAUUGGGUUACAAGGCCGUCGAGGGAGUCUUUCCUAAGGUUUUAAAUUAAAUAUUAAGGACGUUUCAUGAGUUUAGAGCUGUCGAACUCUUUAAUUGGUCGUUGGAUAAGUUCAAUCCCGGAGGUGCAAGUUUACGUAGCGUUACCGUUAGUGCUGUGGGUAAAUGUACCUCAUCGGGCAGGGACGUUGUUUUGCUUCUAUUUUGAUUUCUAAGUUCGUACAUUUUGAGAUUUCUGGGUUUCUGAAUCUUUAUAUGCGUGGAACUUACAUUUCUGGGUUCCUAGAUUGCCUAGAUUCGUUAUAUGGCCGAAUCCCUAUGUGCUGAGGUUCCUAUGUAUCGAAUCUGUACAUCCUGAGAUUUCUAUAUGUUCAAACCCUUGUAUUCUUGGAUUCCUAGAUGGUUUAAUCUCUCUAUAUCCAUGGAAGCACAUCCCUAGAUCCCUAGAUUCCUAGAUUCAUUUCUAACCUACUAGAAUCCUAACCUAACUUCUAUUAUUUCCAUAAGCCUCCUCGGCGGCUCUUAAAAGUAAAACCCAUAACUCAACACGAAGAAUACUUAUCACCGCAAUUUUGAAGUCUUAAAUUUUUGCUAAAAAUAUUAAUAUCAAACUUUCACGAGAAGAAUGUUACGUUCAGUCUCCUCACGAUUAAUUUACUAUUUGCGACUCGCGAGAAAUACAAAGUUGUCUUAUGACGAAUAGAAGAUUAAUAAAACGUACCGCGAAUCCACGAGUUGGCGCAUGAGGAGCUAUCGUUUACAGCUGAUCUCACGCGCCAACUCAUGGGUUGCCAGCAGUACCUUACGUAGUUUCGGGAUGCAGCGAGAUGUUAGUCUUUCGUCUAGGUCACGCAGCAAUGCGUUGCGUCAAUUAAACACGCGACAUGACGAGAUCGGUGCACGUUAUAUUCAUUCCAGUGAUCAUUGUCAGAAUAUCUUCUACGACGACCAUCAUACAAUACAAUGUGUGCACAAUAUUGUACGAACGAAAUCUGGAGAGGGAUACGUAACCCAAGAGUACAAAUUGUUGGUAAGAGUGAUUGCAAGAGGUAUACGUCCUUCGAUGAAUAGAGAGAAGCGCCGUUACAGAUGUAUGUUGAUAAAGAGAGUGAUUCAAAUAUACAUACGACUAUAUUUUAUCAA